AUGAGUAAUCCAUCAUCUCCAAAGAAAGAACAUUUUGAAAAUGUUGAGAUCAAUGAAAAUAAAGAGAAACCAUCUUCUCCAGUUGCCGAAAGUAGUCCAGCCAAAGUAGGAGAAUCUCAAGAAGCCUCUUCAUCCAAUAACAAUGAUAACAAUAACAAUAGCAAUGACAGCAAUCGUAGAAAAUCAAGAUUGAGAAAUAUGUCCGGUUUAUCCGGACUAAUGUUUAUGAUUGCCUUUAUUAUUUUAGCUUUUGGUAUUGCCCAGAUUGCAGUUGCCACCCAAAAAGACGAUUUACAUGUUCGUCAUACCUGGGGUAUUCUUAUAAACGGUAUCUUUUGUGUUAUUCUCGGACUCUUUGGACUUUCAGUUGUAUUUUGUCCGUUUGUCGCUAUUUGUUACAAAUUGUAUGCUGUUUUGAAUCUCUUUGUCUUCCUCGAGGCAAUAGUAUUGUAUAUCAUCUAUUCUGGUUUGGUCCACAGAUACAUCCGUAAAGAAUGUAAUGGUGAUUUCGGAUGGAAUUCAUUCUGUUAUGAUCUCGAGAAAUACCUUGGAAUCUCUUUAGCUGUUUUCUGGUGCUUCAAUAUUUUCGUUUUGCCUGCUUCUUUAAUUACAUCUAUUGCUUUGGUUAAAGCUAAUGAAGAUGAUAACAAUGAUAAUCGUUCCAAUGACUCUUCUGCUUAA